AUGUGGGACGACGUUGCAGCGGCCGCCGUCGAUCCCGACAUCCUGAGCCGUCGUGUCCGCUUCGUGCCAGCGCGCCGGGCGAGUCAACCGGCUGCCACGUCCGCGCUCGUGCGCGUGCUGAACCCUGGCGUGGCAUCCACCGGUAAGGCGCGCUCGGAUGUCCGCAAUGGCGACGGCGGCGCGCUGCCAGCGUCACAAUCCGCGCCAGCCGGUCCGGCGCCUCUCUUCCCGCCGGAGCGGCUCCUGGGCAUGCUCGGGUGGUCCUCUGUCCGCGGCGCGGGCCCGGGCCUGUCGAACCUGGGCCAGACGUGCUUCAUGAACGCGGCGCUCCAGGCUCUCGCCCACCUCCCACCCCUGGCUCAGCUCUGCCUCUCGCGCCACCACUCGCGCGGCUGCCGCGUGCUCGGCUGGUGCGCGUACUGCGAGCUCGAGGCACUGAUCGUCGAGCUGCACGGCUCGGCAGCGCGGUCCCUCGCCCCGACGGCGAUGGCAGGCAAGCUCCGCCUGAUCGCACGCCACUUCCGGCCAGACAGGCCGCAGGACGCACACGAGUUCCUCCUCGGCCUGCUCAGUCGUAUGCGCUCGGCGGCGGCCGAAGGGAAGUGCGGCGGCGGAGGGGCGGCGGACGGCGUGGGUGGCGCCGAGCCGAAAUGCUGCUCCAGCGAGGUGGACCAGCUCUUUGGAGGCAGCCUCGUCUCGACCCUCACCUGUGGCGCAACGACGGUCGAGAGAGCGCUCCGCAACUUCACAGCGAGCGAGCCGGUCAAGGGGGACGACUCCUUUUGGUGUGCGGCUUGCGCUGCGAAAGUCGAGGGCACCCGCCGCCUGCGGCUCGGCGACACGCCCCACGUUCUUGUGCUGCAGCUGAAGCGGUUCCGGUACGACUGCGCGCGCGGUGCGUCGAAGCUUUGCCACGCCGAGCUCGACCUCGCCGCAGUCUGCGAGGGUGCGGGGCUUGCGCCAGGCGGCGGCGCGCCGCUGCCGCUGACCUACCGCCUCUGCGCCGUGGUUGCCCACGAGGGGCGCGAGCUGCACGUCGGCCACUUCCACUGCCUCGCGCGCGCCUCGUCGGGCGUGUGGCACAGGUUUGACGACGACACGGUGAGGCAAGCGUCGGCGAGGCAGGCGGUGGGGGCGGAGGCGUACCUGCUCUUCUACGUUGGCGUCGGAGGCGGCGACUGCGGAGGAGGGGUGCCUCGUACGGCAGUUGCGCUGAGGGAAGACGUCGACGGAGCGGCGUGGGCAAUGGGCGUGGGCGGUCCGGCCGGCGCCUCGCGCGCGGGCGGCGCGUCGGCGACGUCGCGCGGGGCCGGGGCUCCGCCGAGAGGCGCACUCUUCAAGGAGGCGGUGGGCGUGUGGGAGGGGAUCGGCGAGGGCGAGGUGGCGGCGCGGAGGCGGGCGGCCGACGCGGCUGCCGGCGCAGGCGGGGCCGGCCGCAAGCGAAGGAGGAGGUACGACGCGUACGAGGCGGAGUACGACCGCGGGAAGAUGAAGAAGCCGCUGCGGCAGGCGGCGGCGGCGGCGGCGGCGGAAGAGGCGGCGCAGUCGCGCGGCUGGCGGCACAAGGGCGCGGCCAGGGGGCGCGGGCGCGGGCGCGGGCGCGGGGCGCGGUAAUGUUGGUGCGACUGGCGCGAUUUGGUGGCUUGCAGCGCAAGCACGGGCGGGAGGGGCUACACUCGCCGCCCUCCCCGCCGCCCACCGACACGGGCGACGGGUCCUGAGCUCGCGCGCGAACGUGCUUGAGUCUCGACUGUGCGCGAAGAAACCUUUCGAAUACCGAAUCCGCACAGAGAAGCAAUGCCGUGGUACACUAUGCGCACAUGAACGUAUUCGAAACUGUGCACAGUACUGAA